AUGGAGUUAGACUUAACACCGAAGACAGCAGAAGCAUUGUUUGAGGGAGAUGGUGGAGGUUACUACACUUGGUCAAGUUCUCAAGUGCCGCUUUUGGCACAGAAAAAUGUAGGUGCAGGUCGCCUUGUGCUUCAGCCUCGUGGUUUCGCUCUUCCUCAUUAUGCAGAUUCAUCCAAAGUUGGUUAUGUCAUUCAAGGGGUUGAUGGAGUAGUUGGAAUGGUUCUUCCCAACACUGAUGAAGAGGUGGUUUUGAAACUUAACCAAGGAGACGUUAUACCAGUGCCUAUUGGUGCUGUCUCGUGGUGGUUCAACGAUGGAGACACAGAUCUCAUCAUUGUUUUUCUUGGAGAAACUUCAAAGGCUCUUAUUCCUGGCCAAUUCACGUAUUUCUUUCUGACUGGGGCCAUAGGCAUUAUAGGAGGCUUCUCCACCGAUCUCACCAGCAAGGUCUAUGGCUUAGACAAAGAUGAGGUGGAAAAGCUCACAAAAAGCCAAACUGGGGUUUUGAUCAUCAAACUAGACAAAACUCAAACACUACCUAAGCCCCAACUGCACAAUACCAAAAAGCUGGUGUAUAAUAUAGAUGCUGCACACCCAGAAAAUGCUGUGGAAAACGCUGGAUUGGUCAAAACUUUAACAGAGAAAGAUUUUUCUCUCAUUAAGGAUGUUGGGUUAACCUUGAUCAAGGUAAAGCUUGAACCUUUUGCUAUCAAGGCUCCAUCGUACCCAGUGACUCCUACUGUUCAGCUGAUUUACAUUGCUAGAGGAAGUGGGAAGAUUGAAAUUGUGGACUCCAAUGGAAAGAGUGUGUUAGACACUCAAGUUGAGUCUGGUCAUUUGCUUGUGGUUCCACAAUUCUUCGUGGUUGCUGAAAUUGCUGGUGAAGAAGGAUUGGAGAGUUACUCCACUGUAACAACUACAAAACCUUUGUUUGAAGAGUUGGCUGGAAAAGGAUCAAUUUGGAGCAUUUUAUCACCUUCACUGCAACAAGUGGCUCUUAACGUGGAUUCUGAUUUUCAAAAGCUUUUCAUAUCAAAGAUCAAGGAAUCUAGCAAUCUUAUCGCACCUACUACUUAG